AUGCAGAAAGAAGAAACUUUUCUUCCGAAAGUUCGGAUUAUUGAGUUAGUGAAAGAGCUUUCGAUAUUAAAGCGAAAGAGGCUCUCAACGGUGAUUUCCAAUCAGUGGCCCCCUGCGAGUUCUGUUCAGGGACAUCCUGCUGUUCCCGGAGUGUAUAAAGCAGUCGGGUCCGGCAGCCAGACUCUGAGAUUUGUUUACAGUGAUCCAGGUUCAAGAUCUUGUCCCAUUUUUUUUGUUUACGAAUAUCUUCGGGAAGAAAGGAUGGGUAAACUGUGCCGAGUUUUUCUUCUUCUGACAACUCUCAUUUUGAAAAUUUCAGAAGAUUGUUCGGCUGCUCGCAGCGCUACCUGGAUGUGCAUCAAUAACUGUGCUCAGUGCAAAAGAACAUACGGAGCGUUUUUCGAAGGCCAGAGAUGCGCGGAAUCCUGUAUAAAAUACAAAGGCAUGCUAAUGCCUGACUGCAAUGACGUCAACACCAUAUCAUCUUUCCUUAACAAGCUGGAGUGAGCACCAAGAAGUACUCAAUUCGACAACUUCGCUUCAUCUUUGAAAUUCGUUAGAAAUUGAAAACUGCUGUUGCAUCAAAAUCUUAUAAUGACUAAAUUUAACUAAAAUAUCACUAAUAUUAGGUGAUGCUACGAAAUAUUUAUUUCAAAUUCCAUCUUAUUGGUAAUAAUCUGUGUCUGUAAAUUUUAAAAGCAGUUUAUAAUUCUUAUAUAUGCUACGAAUCCCAACGAACCAAUCAUUUAUUUAUUUCGUUAUAUGUAGUAAAUUGUUUUGAUUAUUUACUGCUUUUAUGAAAACUUCAUUUUCUUAAAUCAUUUUUAUUAUCCUGAAUUUUUGUAAUAUACUUUAUUUUUCAAUAAAUUUCAUUAUUACCAU